GUUGACUCGGAGCCCACUGCCUUGCCAGAUGACGCGGUGCCCGCUGUCGAGCCAAAUGACCUGAUGCCUGGUGACCCGAUGCCCGCUGUCCAGCCAGACCAUCCAAUGUCUGACCCAGUGCCUGCGGUCAUACCGUUGACUCGGAGCCCACUGCCUUCGUGCCUGACCUGUCGCUGUCGCUCCGCCUGGGGGUCCGGCGCCCGCCGCUCCGCCUGAGGGCCCGAGACCUGUCGCUCCGCCUGGGGGUCCCGCGCCCGCCGCUCCGCCUGGGGGCCGAUGCCUGUCGCCCCGCCUGGGGGUCCGGAUGCCUGCCGCCCCGCCUGGGGGCCCGAUGCCUGUCGCCCCGCCUGGGGGCCCGAUGCCUGUCGCCCCGCCUGGGGGCCCGAUGCCUGUCGCCCCGCCUGGGGGCCCGAUGCCUGUCGCCCCGCCUGGGGGCCCGAUGCCCUGUCGCCCCCUGGGGGCCCGGGGGCC